AGAGAUCAUAAAGAGCAAGCUUAUCAAUCAGUUCAUAUAUUUUAAAAUUCUCUGAAGCUUCAGAUAUUCUCUCUGAUGGCUCCAGUGCUCAUUUCUCCUCUAAACGUUGGACACAUUGAUGAUGUCCAAGAACUCACAAAGACUAAGCCAAGAAGCAUUCCUGAAAGAUUUGUGAGAGAUGUCACUGAAAGACCACAACUUUUUUCUGGAACUACAUCACCUUCACAUAGUGACAUGCCCGUCAUUGAUUUCUCCAAGUUCCUCAGAGGAAACACAGAGGAAUUCCAAGUUGAAAUUCUGAAGCUUGCUUCUGCUUGUGAAGAAUGGGGAUUCUUUCAGGUAAAGAAUCAUGGGAUUGAUCAGAAACUACUAGAGAGUAUAGAAGAGAUAAGCAAGGAAUUUUUCAUGCUGCCUUUGGAAGAGAAGCAGAAAUACCCAAUGAUUCCAGGGACAGUACAAGGAUAUGGACAAGCUUUCGUUUUCUCAGAGGAUCAGAAGCUAGAUUGGUGCAACAUGUUUGCUCUUGCAAUUGAACCUCACUGUAUGAGGAAUCCAAAUCUAUGGCCAAACAAGCCAGAAAGGUUCAGUGAAACUUUGGAAGAGUACUCAAGAGAAGUGAGGAAGCUAUGUCAGAACCUUCUAGAAUUCAUAGCUUUAGGGCUUGGAUUGAUGGAAGAUGCUUUUAGUGAGAUGUUUGGUAUGGCAGUUCAAGCUGUGAGGAUGAACUACUAUCCACCAUGUUCAAGACCUGACCUUGUGAUGGGUCUGAGUCCUCAUUCUGAUGGAAGUGCCAUCACUGUUCUGCAGCAAGCAACAGGAAGCCCUGUGGGACUUCAGAUUUUCAGAGACAAAACAUGGAUUCCUGUUCAGCCAAUUCCAAAUGCUUUUGUCAUCAACAUAGGAGAUACGAUUGAAGUGCUUACAAAUGGAAAAUACAAGAGCGUGGAACAUAGAGCUGUGGCUAAUGAAGAGAAAGAUAGACUGACCAUAGUGACAUUUUAUGCCCCAGGCUAUGAAGUAGAGCUUGGUCCAAUGCCAGAAUUUGUAGAUGAGAACAAGCCCAGCAAAUACAGAAGAUACAAUCAUGGAGAGUACAGUAAGCACUACACAACAAACAAGUUGCAAGGCAAAAGGACCUUGGAUUUUGCCAAAAUUCAUCAAAGUGAAAACUCAAACUAACUAGGAAGGCCCACUUAAGUUCUCAGUUAGGAGUAUCAAUGUGAAUUGAAGCCUCAUGAUUCUGCAGAUUGACGAUUAUAAGAAAAAUGAAUCAUGUGAGAGAGUGUGGUUGUGGGGUCACAUACUCAAAUAUGGACUCACUGUUAGCGUUUCAAUUAUAUACAUGUUGCCUUGUAAUGGAAACUUGUGGGGACUUUUGUGUCAAGUUGUGUGCUGGUUUCUACUUUCUGUGGGUUUCAAAACAAGCAAUGAUGAAGCAGAAUUAGGUGUCAA